AUGCGAUGGUUCCUUGACAGAACCAUCAGCAUACCUACAUUGGUACCCAUUCAUAGCUUGUGGCAUACACCUGCCUGCUACGACCAAGUCAUCGAACCUUUGAAGAAAGUGCGUGGCUCCAUAUGCACUGCCAUCAGCCUCAUGUCUACACAAGUGCUCAGUGUGGUAGUCGUCGCUCGCUCGUACGGUGGUGUUGUUCGUAAUAGUGUUGUCAAAGGACUGGCAGCGAGUCGCAAACCGAGCUGCACUAUGACUUUGACCACCCAUAGCCAUGGCCAUGUCAUCGGCCAGAUCCUCAUCGCAUCCGGCUUCGAUUUUACUGGUCUUUCUUCUUUCAUGGACUCAAUACUUACCACAAGAUCUGCAGAACUUGAGAAUUCACCAUGUGACCUUUUUUACCACGAUUCAUCUGCCGAAGAUGCGGAAGGUUGCACGAUGCAGCGUCUCAACGCAUUAUUCGAAGGAGGUGAACAUGCGCACACCGGUUGGAAGGAUGCUCCUGUGUGGUACGUAGGCACGUCCGAACACCAUGCCUUGUCGGUCGUAAUGCAAAGAAUCACGGUUGCAACGGCCAGAGGGAUGGACGGUAACGUCGUUCACCGAGAGCGACCAAAAGUCACUAGUACUACGGAGCAGCAGCGAGCGCAGUUGUAUGUGAACCCCUCGUUGGAACUGUUCAACCCGGUGACAAUGAUACGUUUUGGAUUGCCUAUUGGAUUCCGUAGGAUCAUAGGCUGGGUGGCGUUUAGUGUUAUCCUUAUGAAGAGAUUCCUGAGAUGA